AUGCCUGCCAUUAACACCAUCGUCGCCCGUGACGCUGUUCACCAGCUCGCCAAGCGCCAGAACUGGGCUGCUCAGGAGGCCGGCGUCGUUGUCGUCUUCUGCAUCGUUUUCGUCGUCGCUUGCGGUCUCAUCGGUCUCUGGGUUUCUCGCUGCAUCGCUGCGCGCAAGGCCAAGAGGGCCGCCGUCAACAGAAAUAAAAUCAGGCAACGUCGAGAGAUCACUUACACCAACUAUUCUUCAUUUCUUAUUAUCUUCAGUACCCCAAACGAUACCGGCUAUCUCAUCAUGUAUGACCCUCCGAGCCCGCUACGUCGUCUGCGGGCCUGUGAGCCGUGUACCAAGGCCAAGGCGCGCUGCAACUUCCGCGAUGAGAACUCCAGUAGGCACCUCUGUGACCGAUGUGAGCGUUUGGGAAUCGACUGCGCCGCCAAGAAGACCAAGGUCGUGAGACGGCCGAGACAGAUCAAGAAACCACUUGUGAACCGCAUUGCUUCGCUGGAGCAACAGAUCGCUUCCCUGGUCACCACGGACAAAGCGACGUCGUCGUCAAGUUCAGCAUCUGGACACGAAGACGACCGGAGACACUACGCCGUCAACAACCACUUCUCGUCAGCGCCCCCUUUUGGUCUGUCAUGGCGCCAAGCGGGAUACAUCCUCGACGACUUCCGCAAUCUCUUCACUCCAAACUUUCCAUUCGUGGUUGUGGACCGGAAGACGACGGCACGGGACCUACUCGAUGAGAAGCCGUUCCUCUUCCGCGCGAUCAUGCUGGUGGCCGCACCCCUCCCGCGCUCCCGCGCCGCAGAGAUCCGGGAUGAGGUGCUGGCGUACCUGGGUCGUCGCAUGCUCCUCGAGGACGAGGAGAGUUUGGACAUUUUGCAAGGGAUCAUGAUUAUCAUUAUGUGGGCCGAUAUCAAAUACUUCUACGACAAGCAAAUCACCCGCCUGGUCUACCUCGCCCUGGGCUACGCCCACACCCUCAACAUCACCCGCAUCCCCCUCUCCGUCCUCGCGACCCGGGACGCCGCCGCGCCGAAACAGCCGGACGACUGCUUCUCGGACAAACUCCUGGCCGGCAUGACCACGCACCACACCCUCGAGGAGCAGCGCGCCUUCCUGGGCCUCUUCUACGUCGUGACGGUCAACUCGAGCCACUUCGCCCGCCGGAACCCCCUGUUGCAACAGCAGCAGCAGGCUGCGGGGUUCUCUCCCGGGCUGUACGUCGACGUCUGCUGCGAGAGCCUGGAGCGGUCCGGGGACGCGGGGGACGCGAUGGCGGCGAGGAUGGCGCGGUUGGCGCACAUCUCCGGGCGGGUGUCGGAGAUCUUUGGGUCGUUUGCGAACCGCGCGACGGGGGAGUCGUAUUCGGGGUUGUGUGAGGCCCAGGCUACGGCGAUUCGGAGGGAGAUGGAUGCGAUCGCGGGGGAGGUCGAUCCGCGGGAUUCUUCGUCUACAUACGUGUGGAUGCAGUACAACGCGCUGGUGGUGCAAUUAUACGAAACGGCCACGAUAGGAGGGACUUCGACGCCGCUAUACCGCACAACCUGUCUCCUGGACUGCCUCGCGGCCGCGAGGGCCUUCUACGCGGCCUUCGUCUCCAUGCCGCCCGAGAGAUUCCUGUACCGCACCUCGGCCACCAUCUGCCAGGCGCAGGCGGUGGUGACGGCCACCACGCGGUUGUUGGUGCUGGAGGCGGAGGGAUGGGAUCUGGAGUCGGCGAGGGCGUCGCUUGAUUUCCUCGACAUUGCGGAGCAGAUCGCGGGGUUGUCGAGGAGGACUGUGCAGGCGGGGAGGGAGAGGAUGAGGAGGUUUUUCGAGGAGACCGAAGGCGGCCGCGGCGGCGGGGGCGGCGAUGCGGAUCUUGACGAGACAGACAGCAGGGGCGGGUCGUGCGAGGAGCUCGUCGAGAAGAUGGGGUGGAUUGGGGACUGGUAUAGGAUCAAGCUGGACGCGGACGUGGAUGCCGGCAAGGCGUUGGCGGAGGGCGUGAGCAGGGAGCUGCUGGACGAGAUUGCGCGGAUCUGGCAGUGGUCUCCGGAUACGGGGGGCGUGCCUUUCUUUGGCGGAUUAUUGAACCCUUUUGAUGUCAGCUACGAGGGUAUUUGA